AUGGUGGCUUUUCCCAGAGCUGGUGGGAAUCAAAAGAAAGUGCUGCUUACGCAGGAAGAAUUCUACGAUGAUGCCGUUUCAAAAGAAGAGCAAGCUGAAAGGUGGGCACUUUCCGAUAUCAAAAAAACUAUUCGCCAGUACUUAUUGGCAUUUGAAUCAUACGAGAAAGGUCUAAAUGCUGCUGAUGCCACGUUGAGGGGGAGCUAUCAUAUUUAUUAUAAUCAAACCAGACUACUGUUGAAAAUGCAUACGGAUUUCACUGCUAAUGAUGGACACAUUAACAUCCUUCAAUACGUUAACCUGAGCGACUUGGGCAAUCUAACCGUUUUGUUUAAGCCGCUCAGAUCAAUCACAGAACGGUUUGAGCUUGCAAUUGCUAAGUUUGGAGACGAAUGCUCCUGGGACUUACAUUUCAAUCUUUUGACCUGCUACUAUAGCCGGCUCGAAAACUACGAAACUGUUCCUGGCGAAGAACUUCUGCAGAUUUUCGAAAGAUUCAGGAUUCUUAGCCAGAAGCUCAUUGAGUUGCAUGUUCAGGAACUCGAGACAUGGGACGUUGCAAGCGGAGAUGAGACCAGUCCUGAGUCGAAGUCACCCGACCAGGAGCCCGAGGCUGUGGAAAUGCAGGACGAAAUCACGAUAUGGACGCUGAUCGACACGCUUACAGUGAGUUACCGCUGCUUAGCAACCACCAUGGAGCUGCUCAUCGAGUCUAGUCAAGGGACCUUAGAUACACUUAACAUUGUGCAAGUCAAUUGGUUGAAUGACAAUACUCAAGAGUUUAAACUCCAGCUGGACUCUUUUCUUGCAAACUCCAGACACAUCAAUACAGAAUUGGCUGACACCACAGAGCUGAGGCUUGCGAUAUGGUCCAUUGAAGCACUCAAGGUUGCCACUAAUGAUGGUUUCGAAGGCUUGAAGACCCUUGCAGCUAGUCUUCCCAAUGAGGACACUGACAGACUUUUGAUCACCGUGGAUGCUCUGCAUUUGACCGGCCAGCCAUCCCAGCACACUACAAAUUCUGAAUUAUGGGCCGUACACACGGAAAUUGGACGUAUUUUAAGGAUUGUCGACUCUCAAAUUGCGGUAAAGCGACAGGACAUCACUAGCGGUCGUCUCAAGAACAUUGAAAAUGAGUUGAGUCCUACGGUUUUCCAGCUCUGCGACGUUCUGAUCAAUCGUUCAGAUAAUGAACUUUUCCGUUACAUGAUCAAAACCUCUGCCAGUAGCACCAGCAAUGAUGAUGGUGUCUCGGACCCCAACGCUGCCAAAACUGCUGCAGUGCUACUCAAAAAUGCCCAAGUCUUGCUCAAAAACGCCAAGUCGAUAUCUCAGCAGCCUUGCGGAUUUCGCGAGUAUAUUUCGGACAAACUGAAGCGAAACUACAUUUUUAAGCAAGCUGAAGAUCGUCUAGAGUUUAUCGAGUCCCGUAAACCUAAUCAAACCAUUCUAGAACUCGCCGAAAACAAUCCAUUUUACGCUACAAAUUACAACACCAACUAG